AAAACAAGAGGAAGAUUGUGUAUUUUUACGUAAGUUAACCUCUCCUUAAUGAUCAUGGCGCUGAAGAUGCUGACAGCUGCUAGUUGCUUUGUGAAGGCCAUGUUGCGACCUUCUCCUCUCUGCCAUUCUUGGGAGAUUUUAUUUGGCCGUGAGACCUCACUGAGGAGCUUCUCUUUUAAACACGGUAUUCCUCCAUCAGCCAAGUAUGGUGGGCGACACACUGUGACUAUGAUUCCUGGGGAUGGCAUCGGGCCUGAACUUAUGCUGCAUGUUAAGACUGUGUUCAGACAUGCAUGUGUGCCUGUGGACUUCGAGGAGGUGAUAGUUAACUCCACUUCUGGUGAAGAGGACGUUCACAAUGCCAUCAUGGCAGUCCGUCGAAACUGCGUGGCCUUGAAGGGCAACAUCGAAACUGACCACAACCUGCCACCGUCUCACAAAUCCCGCAACAAUAUGUUUCGCACCACGCUGGAUCUCUAUGCCAACGUUAUCCAUUUUAAGAGUCUACCAGGAGUGGAGACAAGGCACAAGGAUGUUGACAUCUUAGUUGUUCGGGAAAACACAGAGGGUGAAUACAGCAACCUGGAGCAUGAGAGUGUGAAAGGAGUGAUCGAGAGCCUAAAGAUCAUUACCAAGGCCAGGUCUUUGCGCAUUGCUGAAUAUGCCUUCCAAUUGGCCCAGGAGAUGGGACGCAAGAGAGUGACGGUUGUGCACAAGGCCAACAUCAUGAAACUGGGAGAUGGUCUCUUCCUACAGUGUUGCAGAGAGGUGGCCUCCCGCUAUCCUCAGCUCACUUUCGAAGGCAUGAUUGUGGAUAACACCACCAUGCAGCUGGUAUCUCGGCCCCAGCAAUUCGAUGUAAUGGUGAUGCCCAAUCUUUAUGGCAACAUAGUCAACAACAUCUGUACAGGGUUGGUUGGGGGAGCAGGCCUCGUGCCUGGUGCAAACUAUGGCCAUACGUACGCAGUGUUUGAGACAGCCUCAAGGCAAUCAGGCAAGAAUUUAGCCAAUAAGAAUAUGGCCAACCCUACUGCCAUGCUUCUGGCAAGCUGCAUUUUGCUGGAUUACCUCAAGCUUCACUCCUAUGCCACCUCCAUUCGCAAUGCAGUCUUGGCGUCCAUGGAGAACAAAGAUGUCCACACUCCAGACAUCGGAGGUCAGAGUACCACAUCAGAUAUCAUUCAGAAUAUCACAAAUCACAUCAGUACUGUCAAUUAAAUGGUUAUGCCUUGCA